AUGGAGCGGUCCAGGGUUGUGGAAUAUAAAUAUAAAAGGACAAGUGAAUGAUGCCGUUAUGCUGUGCGCAUUAUUUAACUCUGCAGUAAAUACUGUUCGGUUAUUUGCCGUUGUUCUUUUCAAAAAUGAUCCUCGCCACCGCUGCAUUCAGCCUGGCUUGCCUGACCUUUACGGCCGCGCUCACGCCGCUGACGAUUGCGGGACCGAGCAGUGUCAAAGUGUGUGCCGGAUUUCCUCCCGGCACAAAUCCCGGCGGGUCUUAUUUGUCGUAUUACCCGCAGCUCUCCUUUGUUGUAACCAAUGCCCCAAGCGGACAGACACUCGUCUGGGAUUUACCGUCCAACGCAUCGCCGACCGCUGGUCAGGGAGCACCCAACGGCGCCGCCGUCAACGCCAAUAAGGGUAUCUACUCGCCGGCUGUCCUGUCCGGCAACGAGGCCAGUGUUUUUGUCAGCAAUCUGAACACAUUGGCCGGUGAAUGCAAUACCGGCAAAGUUGGUAUUUACGGUGCUGGGAAUAACGGCAAUCUGCCAUGCGGCGCUCAAACUAACACGGUCUCAGAGGAUUCCGCCGGAAACGUUAGCGGUAAUUGCUGCCAGAUGCUACGCUUCUCGGUGUCACCCGGUACAACUUCAUCGUCUUACACCACCGGAUAUAAAGAUGUGAAGGUGUGUUAUCAGGAUAGCAACACCUGCACUGUCAUUUAAAGGAACAUGCUAAACAGAAGACAACGACUGCUUGAAGCUUGAUUACUUGCUUUCUAGCUGCUUCAGCCGCCUACAGUUGUUCCUAGCUUAAAUCUUAUACACGUGAUCGUCAAACUAAGAACUUUUGAAUUUUACUUAUACUUUUUUUCGUACUACAGCGCAUAUGCUUGCGCAAGAAAAGACUACACUACAAAUAAUUAAUGCCUUCUUUUGCGGAAUGCCGAUGGAAUGUGUCAUCAGUUAUCGUCAGCAUUCAGCCAAGCAAAGACAAGCGGUUUAUUAAUUAUCACAGAAUUAUUUACGUCCUGUAUAAAAACUGAAUUAUUCGUAAAAUCAACA